CCAUUGCUUACAACCAUUUCGGUGAAGGACUGGUUCAGAGAAUGCCAAGGUGCAGGCAUGGGUAUUUCCAUGUGGUUAACAACGACUACACUCACUGGGAGAUGUACGCCAUCGGUGGGAGUGCAGAACCAACCAUCAACAGUCAAGGAAACAGAUAUGCUGCUCCCAUGGACCGCUUCGCCAAGGAGGUGACGAAAAGAGUGGAGACAGAUGCAAGUGAGUGGAAGAAGUGGAAUUGGAGGUCGGAAGGAGACCUUCUACUGAAUGGAGCAUACUUCAGGUCAUCAGGAGAAGAAGCGUCUGCUAGCUAUGGACGAGCCUCAAGCUUAGCAGCUAAACCAUCAUCUAUGGUCGACACUAUUACCUCCACUGCAGGAGCACUAGGUUGCCGUAAGGGCAGACCUUGCUAGUUGCUACUUCUCUCUCGCUCUCUCUAUACCACCAUCAUAGCAACUAACCUCAAACCCUUUCACAUAUCUUUGGAAGGUGCAUAUAUAGUACUACUCUAUUCUGUUUUCCUCUUAAGACGGUCAUUUCCCGUUUUCUUCCGGAUGGUAGGAAUUGGUCAACCUCGGCUUGCUUCUUCUUCGUCUUCUUAAAAAAGGUGGGAAUGCAGAGAGAAGCAAGCGCAGAAGCGUUGUUCAAAAAGUCUCCUUCUAGUUUACAAAUCUCUUAUUGUCUUAGGUUUGGCUUUUGUUUUUGGGGUUGUUAAGGUCCUUUGGUUUUAAUGGAUCUCCCCUGAGUUCUAGAGUCUCUUUUGGGGUGUUUUUUUUGGUUCUAAUUCCCUUUAAAGUUAGUGACAGCAGUUGCAAAAAUUGUUACAAGACGAUUGAAAAGCUUUUGGUUUGAUUGCAACUUCCAUUGGCUUUUAUGUUUUGUUUGGUUGUUGGCAUUUUUUUCAGUGGAUAACAAAUUGUUUAAAUCUGUU